AGGUGAUUAGUAAACGUUUGGAAACUGAAACUGUACAAAGCCGUAACGACUUUGAAGACAUGGCUUAAAAUGAGUUACACACAGUCAUAUUAAGAGAAUAUUAGAGAGGGAGAAGCCAUGGCCUGUGCCCGAGUGCCACUGGAUGAGCAACAGGUGACUGAGCCUGGCCCGCUGGGAAAAGAUCACACACUGCCUGCACUGCACCCGGUCAGGAAGGCGGAGCGUUGUUUUGUGCCUUACAGGUCCCCGCCAGAAGAUGGAUCUCCUGCUGACGUGGAGGAGUUUCUGGAACAUGCCAAAUUCAUCACAGAGGACCUGGAUUGGCUGCUCGCACUGCCUCAUGACAAGUUCUGGUGUCAGGUGGUGUUUGAUGAGUCUCUUCAGAGGUGCUUGGACUCAUACCUACAUCACGCACCUCGCAGCCUCGAUCUCGCCACCCUGCCCUCCUCCCCGGCGGUGGCCGACAUGCAACGCUCCAUCCACAGGGCGGUCUUCUUGACCUUCCUUAGGAUGGCCACACAUAAAGAGUCCAAGGAGAACUUCAUCACCCCAGCUGUGUUUGGAGAAAUUAUCUAUGAGAAUUUCCUGUUUGACAUUCCCAAAAUUCUGGAUCUAUGUGUGCUCUUUGGAAAGGGCAACAGCCAGCUGCUGCAUAAGAUGAUUGAGAACAUCUUUACACAGCAGCCAUCUUACUACAGUGACCUGGAUGAAACGGUGCCCACUGUGUCACAGGUGUUUGACACCAUCCUGGAUAAGUGUGGUCUUCACUUAGAAGGAGCCACAGCCCUGGAGCCGAUGAAGCUGAGCGCACACAAACAGCCCACUGCCAUGACCAUGAGCCAGCAGGAACUUGAAGAUCUUAUUUUGUACCUGUGUGACUCAACCACCACCAUCCAUGCCUUCCUGGACAUCUUCCCUGCUGCCUGCUCCAGCUUCCACUCCCACGGUUUCCUCAGCAGGCUGACCUCGUUUUAUGAGACCGCUGUGCCUGAUCUUGAGAAGGCAGUGAGGAAGAGAAACUUUGAUGAUAAAGGUCUUCAGGAGGACUUGUGGAAGAGGUUGUCCCACUCCUGUCGUAAGAUGGUGGAGACAGCCCACCUGCUGCUGCAUCACACCUGUUUACAGCCUAUCCUGGAGGGGGGAGAAAACAUGCUAACAUUUGCAGAGGAGCUCCUUCAACAUUUUACAUCUUUUUUAACUGAGAAAAGGUUCCUGUCAGACUACGAUGAGCAGUUCCCCAUCGCAGACGACGUCAGCCUCCUACAGCAAGCCCUCCCUGUCAUUGAUGAGACCCGGACGUCUUACCUGCUCCAGGGGGUAGAAAGUGCCUGGGACAGUGUUGGGCGACGGAAACCUCAGAGCCAAGUUCAGCAAAAAGUCCCCUCAACCUCAGCCUAUCAGGGAGGAGCAGGAGGUGCAGCUGCGGCAUCUUCAGCUGGCUUUGAACUUCAGGAGGACCGAGAGCCAGGAGAAGGAGAAGGACUAGAGAGCCUGAGGGGAGCAGAGGCCAUGUUGGAUGUUCCCCGAAAAGGAAACAACGGUGCGGUGUGUCCGGUCAGCGGGGCAGAGCUGGAGUCUCUGCUGUCAUGUAUCAGGGACCUGUUGCCUGAUUUGGGUGAAGGUUUUCUGCUGGCCUGCCUGCAGGAGUACGACUACAACUCUGAGCUGGUCAUCAACAACAUCCUGGAGGACCGUUUGGCCCCCAACCUGGACAAAUUGGACCGAGCCAUGCCAAGGCCAGCGAAGGAGGAGCUUCCAGAUGUACUGAACAUCAGAUCCAACGUGUUUGAUGAUGAUGAGUUUGACGUCUUCCGCAGGGACCAGGUGGACAUGUCCCGCAUCUGGAAGGGCAGGAGGAAAGGCGAGAGCGCUCGAGAGAUCCUGAAUGACAAGCGGCACAUAGCGGAGCAGAGAGCUCGUUACCAGGCCUACGAGACGGUGGUGGACGAGGUCGUCAUUGAACCUGGUGAAAGCGCAACCACCUACGGCCUGGACGACUACGACGACGAGUACGACGACACCUAUGACAUGAACCAAGUGGGAGCUAAUGACCUGGAUGGAGACAGUUUGCUGAACAGAAGGCCUUUCACGAUCCCACAGGUACUGAGAAAAGGGAAUAAACCAGAGGACGAUGACGAGGGCGAAGAUGAAGAGGAGGAGCAGACUUUACCGAACAAUGUGAACAGGGACCAGUUUGUGCAGGACCCGGCUCUGCUGAGGGAGAGGGCUGAAGCUAGAAGAGCUGCCAUGCAGCAAAGGAGAGGUUUCCGGCCAGAACGUCCCAGUAAUGUGGUUGGCCAAGCCAAAGGCCAAGGACAAACCCUGGAGACAUUCCUGGACCGACGCAAGAAGGAGGCCAACAAGAGCCGUGUGUCAAACCACAACCGCCGCACCAUGGCCGACCGCAAGAGGAACAAAGGCAUGAUCCCCUCCUGACCCGUGUGAUGACGCUCUGCUGCUGGAACCAAACAGACUGAUGGUGGGAGGGAGGGACGGCGGGAAAUCGGUUGAGGUGUGAGGCAGUGAAGGGAAAGAAAAACCGGUGUUCUGGGUUGAAGGUUGUGAAUACGGUAACCACAGUUUGUCUCCGUGAUCAAACCUUAGCCCCAUUGUAGCCGUCUUUGCCAGAAGGGAAAGCCACAGAGGAUUUUCAGUUGUUGACUGAUGACAGGUUCAAGAGUUGCAUUAGUUGACUGACUUUCAAGCAGCUUGCUGAACGUCUGCUUUUAGUGUUUGAGCCUAAUGGACGUUCAGCUCUUUGGCCCAAUGAUCUUCUUUCACAGCUCAUUAAAAACCAAAGUCCUGAGUGUGAGCCAGAGACCGAGGACAAAGAAUAAGACCUUUAUUUUUGCCAAGUAACAAAUCAGUUUAUUAAGAUCCAGGGUGAUUGAUCUUUGACAUCAUCAACAUGAAACAGACAACAUAGGAAUAAAAGGAAGCGACAUCCAGCAUUUCGGAGAGACUGAGGUCCCUCCUGUAGCUGGAAGAACAAUGACUGACCCGGUGAUCAAGUCUGGACAUCAGACGUACUACUCGUCCUGCACUAGUAGCUUGCGUGAGGGCUGCUUGCAUGUAACCUUCAAGUGUGUGCAUGUGAUGUCAUCCGCCCUGUUCACACCACUGUUGUCCAGCCUCCAUAAAAACAGGACAAACAAGUCUAGAAAAAGAAAUCGAGUCUAUGACCAUCUCACAAUGAUGCUGUUUGUGUUUGGAAGCACGUGCUGCACAGAGAGACCUCGUCUCUCACAGUAGCUGUGGGACAUGUGGGACUACAUGUUGCCAUGCACACACUAUUUUCUAUAAAGAGAACAGAUCUAUCAGAGCAUUUUGUAACAAGAAAAGCACACGUAAAAGCUUUUUGGAGUUGACAUUGCAAAAAAAACAUAAAAUAAAUACAAUAAUACUCUGUUUUUUGACA